AUGAUUGAUGAAGGGGAGAGAAUGGAGUUGGGGCAGAGCUCCACAUAUCCAAGCUUUACAAAUGUGGUUUCAGGAUAUCAGUUCUACUGUGGUGAUGGCCUUCUUGAGUACAAAAACCAUCAAUCAUCUUGGUCCUUUGUCAUCUUUGAAUUCUUUUCCAACUUUGCUACAGAUUCUGUUAUGAGAGCAAGGACAUCAGCAUACUGUAAUUCUGAAGUGAAGCUAGUCUUAGAUUUCCCUUGUAAAAUGGGGCCUCGCUUCUGUUCCAACAUAGCUCUAAAGAAUGAUAGGCAGCAUCUUAUGGACUCCUUUUCAACAGCAUGCAAUGCAUUGAGCCUAACAACCAGCCUACAAAAGACAGUCAUAAUAUACCAAUCUGCACAAGAUGACAAUGGGAAUCUUUACCCAAGUUUUGAAACACCAAAUGCCAUAAAGGAUAAAAAAUUCACAUUGAAAUGCAAUGUUGAGGGUGGUAGAAGAGUUUGGUAUACUGGAAAUGGAACAGUUAUUGCUAAAUACCUUGGAGCAAAUAGCCAAAAUAGGCCUAAAUAUUUUGGUAGCCGUCAAGAAACUAGUUGCCAAGAGAAAAUCUGCACAUUGAGUAUAACCAAUGUCAGUUUAGCUGAAGACAACAUGAGCAUUAUUUGCAGUACUGGUCUCCAUACAAGCAUGUUCAAUAUUACAGUAUUUGGUAAGUAAUUAUUUUUUUUUAUU